GAGCUGGGCGCUGGGAGGGAGCCCACGCAAUAGGUCAAAGCUUAGAUUUGUUCCCAGCUUGAAGCAAUUGAGGCAUUAUCACACAUGAUUCUUUUUCUAUUACCUGGAUCGAGCUUCAUUCAACCCGUAAAGUGUAAUCCAAACACGAUGAUAGAGAUUGUGGACCGUAGUGUGGCUGGGCCGAAAGCUUGCCCAGUGGGAACUCAUCUUGUAGGAAUGCAAUUCGGAUUGACAGGCGAGUGGCUCUUCUGGUCACGACAUUCUACCAAAGGCUACUUAUGGAAAAUACAUCGUGGCUCAAAAGCUACGAUCCUUGUGAACCUGACGGUCGGCGGAUGUAAGCAGUGGCAGAGGUAAAAGACAAGGGGCAGUGCAAUUCUCCAGUGUAAUUCUCCCAACCACUGGCUGGCUGGCUAUGCUAGUAGGCAAAAAAUCCAUUCGGUUCAGGUUUCAUAAAACGGCUAGACAGGGGUGGAUCAA